CACGCGCGCGCAUAGCCGCUCUCCCUCAGACACACUGGAGGGAAAGGUCAAACUAAAGGCGAGCGAGCGGAGAGACCGGAGGGAGCCGCUGUCGCCGCUGCCGCGCGCCAUGACGGACACGGCCGACGCGGCUUUCUCUGCGCGGACACCACCGAGCCCCUGCUGUCGCCGCGCCCCCCACUCCCGGCGCUUGUGCGUCCACGCGCUCCCCCCCAACCCCUGCUCCUGGCGCGCGUCGGGUCCGGGGCGCGGGAGGGUGGGGGCCGCGGCGGGCGGACGACCUCCUCGCGCGCCCCCGACGCCCUCGCCCCAGCCCCCGGGCGACAGCCGCCCAGAAUCCAGGAAAGCCGGUGGGGUUUCAGACUUCUUCGUUCCCUGGGACUUUGCCACCACCUCAGACCUCCGUGCAAUUGCCAGGCCUACUUGUCCUCAGAGGCUGCCAGGCACUUGGUGGUCCCCAGGAGAGUGGCCCCUUGUCCUGAUGGCUUUCCAUCUUGGGCCUGCCUCAUCAGGAGAAUUUGAGAACACUGCCAUCUUCAUGUGUAAAUGCUGUAACCUCUUCUCACCAAGUCAGUCGGAACUCCUCUCCCAUGUUUCCGAGAAGCACGCGGAAGUGGGGGUGAAUGUUGAUGAGAUCGUCAUCCCCCUCAGGCCUCUGAGCACUCCCGAACCCACCAACCCCAGCAAAACCGGAGAUGAGUUCUUGGUGGUGAAGAGGAAAAGAGGCAGGCCUAAAGGGUCCACAAAGAAGCCGUGCCCUGAAGAGGAGCUGGCGGAGAGCAUUGUGAGUCCCGGCGAGGACAGUCCGCUGGCGUCCGAGGACGGGAACAGCCUGCCUCUGAGCAGCUUGGAGUGUAGCAAAUGCUGUCGCAAGUUUUCCAACACGCGCCAGCUGAGAAAGCACAUCUGCAUUAUCGUGCUGAAUUUGGGCGAGGAGGAAGGAGAAGCAGGAAAUGAGUCUGACAUUGAAUUGGAAAAGAAGUAUAAGGAAGAUGAUCGAGAUAAGGCCCCGAAAAGACCCCGGACCCAGAAAACAGAGAAAGUCCAGAAAAUCUCCUCUGGCAAGGAGGCUGGGCAGAUGCCUGGAGCGAAGAAACCCAUCAUAAGUGUGGUCUUAACUGCACACGAAGCUAUUCCAGGUGCUACCAAGAUUGUUCCGGUGGAAGCGGGGCUCCCGGAAGCAGAAGCAGCCAGUCCCGAGACCGCCGUGGCAGACCCAGCUCAUCGAAGAGGGUACCAGGAGUACGCCAUUCAGCAGACCCCGUACGAGCAACCCAUGAAGUCCAGCAGGCUAGGUCCCACCCAGCUCAAAAUCUUCACUUGUGAAUACUGCAACAAGGUUUUCAAGUUCAAGCACUCACUGCAGGCCCACCUGCGGAUCCACACCAACGAGAAGCCGUACAAGUGCUCUCACUGCAGCUAUGCCAGCGCCAUCAAGGCCAACCUCAACGUGCAUCUCCGCAAGCACACCGGCGAGAAGUUUGCCUGUGACUGCUGCUCAUUCACCUGCCUAAGCAAAGGACACCUCAAGGUGCACAUUGAGCGGGUGCACAAGAAGAUCAAGCAGCACUGCCGCUUCUGCAAAAAGAAAUACUCUGACGUCAAGAACCUCAUCAAGCACAUCCGUGAUGCACACGACCCCCAGGACACCAAGGUGAAGGAGGUCCUGGACGAGCUCUGCCUGAUGACCAGGGAGGGCAAGCGGCAGCUGCUGUACGACUGCCACAUCUGUGAGCGCAAGUUCAAGAAUGAGCUGGACCGCGAUCGCCACAUGCUGGUCCACGGUGAUGAGUGGCCCUUUGCCUGUGAGCUCUGCGGCCAUGGGGCCACCAAGUACCAGGCAUUGGAGCUGCACGUCCGGAAGCAUCCCUUCGUGUAUGUCUGUUCCCUGUGCCUCAAGAAGUUUGUCAGUUCCAUCAGGCUGCGUUCGCACAUCAAAGAGGCACAUGGGGCUGCCCAGGAGACCUUGGUCUUUGACAGCUCCAUCAACCAGAGCUUCUGCCUCCUGGAGCCUGGGGGGGACAUCCAGCAAGAAGCUUUGGGGGACCAGCUGCAGCUGGCAGAAGAGGAGUUUGUGUUCCAGGGGGUGAAUGUCCCCAAGGAGGUGGCCUGUCCUGGGGUUGCUCAGCCUGAGGUGGGACGGAAGGAGCCAGAGGCCCCUGUGGAAAUCCCCACCCCACCUGCACACCCAGCCCCGCCACAGGCUGUGAACUCUGCCCCGCUGUCCUGCAAGCUGGAAGCCUCCUCAGAGUGCCAAGCUGACACCACAGCCUUCAUGAAGAUCCUGGACGGUUUACAGAAGAAGCAAAUGAACACUGGCUUGUGUGCAAGGAUCCGGAAGGUGUAUGGAGACCUCGAGUGUGAAUACUGUGGCAAACUUUUUUGGUACCAAGUGCAUUUUGAUAUGCAUGUCCGCACCCACACCCGAGAACAUCUGUAUUAUUGCUCCCAGUGUCAUUAUUCCUCCAUCACCAAAAACUGCCUUAAACGCCAUGUAAUUCAGAAACACAGCAACAUCUUGCUGAAGUGUCCCACUGACGGCUGUGACUACUCGACUCCAGAUAAAUAUAAGCUACAGGCCCAUCUUAAAGUGCACACAGAGCUGGACAAAAGGAGUUAUUCUUGUCCUGUGUGUGAAAAGUCUUUUUCAGAAGAUCGAUUGAUAAAGUCACAUAUCAAGACCAACCAUCCUGAGGUCUCCAUGAGCACUAUUUCUGAGGUUCUCGGGCGGAGGGUUCAGCUGAAAGGGCUCAUUGGAAAGCGAGCCAUGAAAUGUCCAUACUGUGAUUUCUAUUUCAUGAAGAAUGGCUCAGACCUUCAGCGUCACAUUUGGGCUCAUGAAGGUGUGAAACCCUUCAAAUGUCUUUUGGGUGAGUAUGCAACACGCAGCAAGAGUAACCUCAAAGCGCACAUGAAUCGUCACAGCACUGAGAAGACGCACCUAUGUGACAUGUGUGGCAAGAAAUUCAAGUCAAAAGGGACAUUGAAAAGCCAUAAGCUGCUUCACACCGCUGAUGGGAAGCAGUUUAAGUGCACCGUGUGUGACUACACAGCAGCCCAGAAGCCACAGCUGCUGCGGCACAUGGAGCAGCACGCCUCCUUCAAGCCCUUCCGCUGUGCCCACUGCCAUUACUCCUGCAAUAUCUCGGGCUCCCUGAAGCGGCACUACAACAGGAAGCACCCCAAUGAGGAGUAUGCCAACGCAGGCACCGGGGAGCUGGCCGCCGAGGUGCUCAUCCAGCAAGGUGGUUUGAAGUGUCCUGUUUGCAGCUUUGUAUAUGGCACCAAAUGGGAGUUCAACAGGCACUUGAAGAACAAACAUGGCUUGAAGUUGGUGGAAAAUGAAGGAGACUCCAAGUGGGAGCCAACAACAGAAAAUCCUGAGGAACCCUCCACCCAGUACCUCCACAUCACAGAGGCCGAAGAGGAUGUUCAGGGGACGCAGGCGGCCGUGGCCGCACUCCAGGACCUGAGAUACACCUCGGAGAGUGGUGACAGGCUGGACCCCACAGCUGUGAACAUCCUCCAGCAGAUCAUCGAGCUGGGCGCCGAGACCCACGACGCCACUGCUGUUGCUUCGGUGGUUGCCAUGGCGCCGGGAACUGUGACUGUCGUGAAGCAGGUAACAGACGAGGAGCCCAGCUCCAACCACACAGUCAUGAUCCAGGAGACGCUGCAGCAGGCCUCUGUGGAGCUGGCUGAGCAGCACCACUUGGUGGUGUCCUCCGACGACGUGGAGGGCAUCGAGACAGUGACGGUCUACACGCAGGGCGGGGAGGCCUCGGAGUUCAUCGUCUACGUGCAGGAGGCCGUGCAGCCCAUGGGGCCGCAGGCUGGGGAGCAGCAGCCUGUGCAGGAGCUCUAGAGGACACGGGCGUCUACCCCCACCGCAGGGAGGCCCCCUGCCAUCCCACCCCGCCCAGCGGCCCAGACGGUACCCUCCCUGUCCUUGUCACUGGCAGUCCAGGACCCGUGGCUCGACUCUCAUUCCCUUCCCUGGCACACACACUCACACGCACACACACCUUUGCCCUAUAUCAUCUGCUUCCUGAAAGGCUUUUGCAUCACCUCCCCUGCACACCCCCCAUACCUCAUUGCCCCUUCGCUGCAAGAUUCAGAGACACCCAGCCCCCCUCACGUCUUCCCCGAAUCACCUCCCGGACUCCUCAACCCCCAUCUAGGUGCACAGUUCUCCUCCUGGGUCCUGUGGCUCCUGUGCAGCCUGGAGGAAAUGGGGCAGCCUCACUUAGAAAGUGACCUUAGGGGGAAGGGGGUACCGUCUGGGCUUCAUCUACAGAGUCCCUGCCCUCAAGCAGCCAGGGCACUUGUUAUCAAGCGAAGUCAACAGGAUUCGAGGACCUGUGACUCCCCGCACUGGUGGGGGCUCAGCUUAUUACCUUGGAAUUCUUUUGCUUAAAAAAAAAAAAAAAAA